AUGAAUCACGGACCUCCCUCGACCGCUCCUACUCGUACUCCUGCUCCUGCUCCUGCUCGUACUCCUGCUCCUGCUCCUACUCGUACUCCUGCUCCUGCUCCUGCUCCUGCUUCUACUCCUGCUUCUACUCCUGCUCAUGCUCCUGCUCCUGCUACUGCCGCUGCCUCAAUCCCCGCCUCGGCCCUCCAGCCAAAGCCCAUCCGCUUCGUCACCAACCACGAUGGGCCCUACGCAAAGCGCCGCAGGAUCAACUCGGCCUGCCUGACCUGUCGCCGCAAGAAGACGCGCUGCUCUGGCGAACGCCCAGUCUGCGGUACAUGCACCCAGAACAAGCACGAAUGCGCCGGCUAUGGAGACGACAACGCCCUGCCGGACACGAGCCGCGACAGCACAAAGGCCGGCCGCAGAGAGAGCACAGAGCCAACCAGUGCACCUGGCAGAAAAAGAGAACUCUCCAUCGACGUUCCACCACCACCACCGCCACAACCGCCACCGCCGCCGCCACACCCCCCUCCUCAACCCCCUCGCCCACAGCUGCCGCACAUGGCUUCGUCCAACAUGUCAGCGCUGUCUGACGCCUCCACCACCAAUCUCGCGCCCACGCAAGAGGGCGACGACGAGAGCAGCCUGCUCAGCCUCAGCACGCGCAACAGGAUGCCCUACUUCCGCUACUUUGGCCCCACCGCCAUCAUGCCUGGCUUCCGCCAAAUGGUCGUCAAGGUCAGAGGCCAGCGACAUGGAAGCGCCCACACGCUCUCAGACCAGCACGCUGUCGAAUCAUCGCCUGCAGAGCCGCUGGGCUCGCCACCAAUAGCUGAGGCGCGCACCCCGCUCGAGAUACCCGUCUACGACCACUCGAACUUGUCCCCCAGUCCGCUCAUCACACAUCUGUGCAAUCUGUUCUUCGUCAAUCUAGGCUGCUGCUUUCCCUUCCUGCAACGCGAGCGCUUCAUGCGGGAUCUCGAGGAAAAGCAGGUCGAUGCCAUUCUUGUCGACGCUGUGUGCGCUUUGGCUGCCAGAUUCUCCACUCACCCAAUGUUGAUGCGGGCGGGAAGCAGUCAACAGCAAGAUACAACCGACAACAAGUCCAGGACCCAUCACCCUGAAGCAGGGCAAGCUUUCGCCCAACGAGCAAAAUCCAACAUACCAGACGCCUUCCCGUGCCCCAAUGUGGCCGUGGUGCAGGCUGCACUGUUGUUAGCCUACGAUGAGUUUGGGGCGAGCCGUGACAGUGGACUUUGGAUGUACCUAGGUAUCGCUAUUCGCAUGGCGCAGGACCUGGGCAUGCAGACGCUGGAAGGGCUCAAGUACGAGGGCCGCAACGGCAUCACUCCCAAGCUCGUCAAGACGGACUCCAACAGCGGCAAGAUGCCAGCAUUGCAAGAGAGACGCUCACAGCAGACCGAAGGAACUACCUCUGACGAACAGGAACAAAGGUCCGUCGAACGCGAGCGUCUCGACACCUUCUGGUCCAUCUUUUUCCUGGACCGUGUCAUCUCAUCAGGUACUGGGCGUCCGGUCACAAUUCGCGAUCGCGACAUAGAGAUUAGCUUUCCCUCGUUGGACGAAGUGGAUCCGUCAUCAGGGUGGCCAUUGCCCUUUCCUGCCCUCAUCCGUAUCAUUCACCUCUAUGGGCGCGCCACGGAUUUGUUGAACAGAGUGAGGGAUGUUUCAGACAUUACGAAGGACCUGCAGAAGCAACUCGAUUCUCUUGAGAACCGUUUAACAGAAAUCUACCAGAACUUGUCACCAAAGCUACACUUCAACGCCGUCAACUUUCAGCAGUAUGUCAAGUUUAACCAGGGAACAAACUUUCUGCUCCUCCACUGCUGGUUUCACGUUCUGAUAGUCUUGCUCCACCAGCCGACUCUGCUAAAGCCAUUCGAAGGAAGUCCACAAUCGCUCUCCGCUAACAGCAAGGAAAUUUCAAUGUCUUCCGCCAAGACAGUUGCCGACAUCUUGUCUUUCACUGAACUCAUCGAUGCAAAGACUGGGGUGUGCAAUCCAUUCACAAGUCAGCCUAUCUAUAUAGCUGCGUGUGCCUUUCUCCAGGAACCUGCAAUGCACUCAGCAUCCUCUCAGCCGCAAUCUCGACCUCCGUCUCGCCCUCCGUCUCGCCCUCCAUCUCGCCCUCCAUCUCGCCCUCCAUCUCGCCCUCCAUCUCGCCCUCCAUCUCGACCUGUAUCUCCCGGUCCGCGGGGCGAGCCAAGGGAAACUAAAGCUCCGCUUACACAACUGAACCUCGACAAAACCCUGACCAAUGGAGACAGGUUGAAUGCCUUGCACGACCGUGAACAAGCGCAAGCUUCCAAACACACCCUACUCGCCUCGGCAGCAAACCAGAACUACCAACGCUGCUACCGUGCACUCAAGUCACUCGAGACAUACUGGGGAGGUGUCAAGUACAUCGUCACUGUACUAGACCAGAAAGCAAAGGGAGUUGAUAAUCCACUACUAUACACCAGAGAAGAAAUGGAGAGCGCUUUGGAAGUCCCCCGACCAGAGCCCUCGUUUACGAGUCCUGGGUGGCGCAGGAAGGUCAGUUGGGGCACGUACUUGACGACGCGGAGCCCGGACGGCGACAUGACCAAUGUGCCUGUGGCCAUCAGAAAAGGAACCAGAACGCCUACCAUGCCUGGCUCGCCAAUAGGCCUCUCUACUCAAGCCAUUGGUUGGUCGCUUACUGGCACAAUGAACUCUCCGUCCACGAAUGUUGCCGUCAUGUACACGUCUGACAGCAACAAUGACAACAACGCUGGACAGGGGGCAAAGCAAGCACCGUCCCGGCCGCCCGCUAGUACACAUCCCUCCAUCGCUUCACUCAUUUCGAAUCCUUCGGUCAAAUUCGAGCCCUCGCAGCCAGCUAUGCCGUCACCAUCCAUCUAUCCACACUUCAACCCCGCGUCUAUGCCCCCGCCCCCGGCCAACAAUCCAUACGGACUUGUGCCUGCACCUGAUCCUGCGUUGGUAUCGGACGCUGAUCUUCUGUUGAACCUCCACUCUCCAUUCCAUAGCGCAUCACCCAAUCUUGCGCCUCCGCAGUACGCUACCUCCUACGUCAGAUCUGCGUCCGUGCAACACAACCAAGCGCAUCAGGUGCAAACAAAUGAAUUCUCACCGACGUUCGGCAUGUACACCACGCCAACAGACAACGCAUUUGGCAACAUGGUCAUCGACACGCAGGAUGUGGACAUGUCUGUGCUCGGCGCAGACAUGAUGCCCUGGGAUCUGGAGUACCUACCGCAUGAUAUGCUUUACUUUGGCGACGGUGGGUUUGGCGCCAACGACAUGGGGGUGCAUAACAAUGCACCAGUCGGUCAGCGUGGGCUGAGAGAAUCAUGA